AUAAGGUACACUAACGGGAAUGCAGCCUUUAGUAAUAUUCGCCAUGGGCAUCCUGCCGAUGUUCCUAGUAGCACUAAUCAGUGAAAAUCGAAAAUUCAUUGAAGCGGUCAACCAGCUGAGGGAAGCCAACGGGACUAUGAACGGAUUUCUACCUUUUGCAGUACCUUUUCAAGUUUCCAUACAAGUUAAACUCGGGAGGAGGUACCAGCAUCUAUGUGGCGGCAGCAUCAUUCACGAGCAAGUCGUCUUGACAGCGGCGCACUGCUUCUAUCAAAAACAUCCAACGAAACAUCUAAGGGUGAUUGCCGGUGUACAAAAUCUUUCAGAGGACACGGCGCAACGUUACGACGUUGCGCAAGUUAUCCGGCACAAGGCCUUUGCACCUCUACAAGGUUAUGAUAUCGCUCUGGUUAGUCUAACUUUGCCGUUGCCCAUAGAUGGUGUUCAUUUUGAUACGGUGGAUUAUCGAUCCGGAAGUAAUGUCGAAGACAGCCUAGAAACAUAUCUUAUUGGUUGGGGUCGAACAAAGGGAAUGCUGGAGAUUGUUGCAUUCACGACAGUUCAAUCAAAUGAUUGUCGUUUGUUGGGCUUUACUUAUGUAACCAGCACUGAUUUGUGCGCUUACAGCGCCACGGGACGUGGAGCUUGCGAUGGCGAUUCUGGUGGUGCAUUACUUACCGCAAAUCUUACCAAACAGAUUGGACUGCUGUCGUAUGGCAAGUCUUUUUGUAAGAGGAAUCAUAUAUAUGUCUAUACAAGUAUGUUUCGAUUGAUUGACUGGAUAGACGAACAAAUUGAAAGUUUGGUAGGCACGCAGAAUUUUCGAGCAUGAUGUACUGAUAAUAAAUGUAACUGCAACGCUAGUAACGUAUUCGCAUGUCGCAAAAUUUAUUGGCAACAGCAGCAUUUUCAACUGGGUAUUUAUAUAAUUGUAAGAGAAGAUUGUCAUGUUGCAAUUUGUUUUGUGACAGCAGAAGCGCCUACCUGUUGUCAUCAAUUAAGUAACAAGCACACGCGACCUAUAAAUAACGUGAAAACAAAAUCUAUGGAUUAACAAGAAUCUCCACACUCAAGCUGUGUGCACUUACAGCUUUUAUCUUUUUAAGGGUAAACAGUGGAAAAUAAA